CUUUGUGUUGUAUUAGAUUCCAUAUCUUAGUUCUUUAGAUCAUGAGAGGGAAGGAAGUGAAGAAGCUAGGGCAUCAGAAUAUGGUGGCAGCUAGUCUGGUUUGAGGCACUGUCUAGGUGGCUGUGGUGACGUCUUUUUGCCUUCGGUUAUGUGUUGUGAAGGUUCAGGGCUCAAAAUGAAAACCCACGCUUAUUAGAAUGCUCGAGUUCAGAGGUUGGCUGAAAAGAAAUUCUCCACUAUGGGGUAUACUCUGUUCAUUUGAAGCAAGGGGCAUUGUACAGAAGAUCUCAGUUAUUUGGAUUACAAAUGAGAGGAUAUGUCAAAUGAGUAUUAAAGGAAACUACAAUUGAGGCACAAGAUUCCUGCUUCCGUGUUAUGCAGUACAAGAAAAUGCUCCCACAAGGUGUUUCUCAGCAAGACAUACCUCAAAAGGGCAGCAAUUUUGAGGGAACAGGUGCUAAGAAAAAGUAUACAAGGAAAAAGAAAGAUGAGUCGCUUGGUGCUAUUAGUUCCACUUCUCAUAGUCACCAUAGAGACUCAAAAUUGGCAUGCACUAACGACAGUGUGAUUUUAAAAAAAGAGUUUUGCGAUGUUGCACAGGAACAACAAUUGGAACUUGUGGGUAAAUCAUGUGAAGUGGCUUUAGGAAAUAAAAAGCAAGGUAUCACACAUAAUCAGAUGGAAGAACAAAAUAUUGCUGGAAAUUGCAAUAUUGACAGAACUACAUGUGAUUUUUCAGAUGAGAAGUACAUAGUUUUCAGAAGAAAAAGAAAAAAAAGUAGUUCAAAAGAAAUUGAGUCUCAUUCCAGCAGGAAAGAACAAAAACAAGAUAUAGCAUCUGACAUGGCUUGUGACAAGAUUGAAAGUGAAGACGUUAGUUUGGAGCAAAAUAUGCCUCAAAGUCUUGAUUGCAAAUGCUUACAACAGUCUGACCAAGAGCUAAUCAAAGAGGUUCAAAGUGGUUUUCAUCCUCAAGCUUUCACCACCGAUCACGAACAGAAGGGCAAAAUGGGACUUGAGUGCAACUCUGUCAAAAUAGCAGCUAAAACUCAGGAUGAUGCUGACAUUGAUGUAGCAUUUUCUUCUCAGACAAGUCUUUUUCAGGAAAAGACUCCACUAGAUAAUCACAAUAGCUUUUGUGAAAUCUGCAAAGUUGGUGGUGAACUACUGUGUUGUGAUGGUAAGGAUUGUCUGUUCACUUACCAUUUAUUUUGCCUUGAUCCUCCUCUGGAUCAAGUUCCAUCUGGGAAUUGGUUCUGCCCAGCUUGUGUAGAUAAAAGAACUCAUAGUGAUUUAUUAUGUGCAUCUCCUGUUGUUGAAUCUAUUUGGGACAUGAAGGAAUCUGGCAUCAUAAUAGAUACUCCAUGUGAUUUUAUAAGUACUAGGGUUGCCUCCAUUCAAAAGCAAAGGAAGGAAGAGGAAUAUUUGCGACGCAAAAACAUUACUGAAGCAGAGCAUGAUUUUUCUAUGCCAACUGCAAGAAACAAUGGUGUGCCAGAGGCAACUGAGAUACAAAAGAAGAUUCUAGCAGAAGCAUCGUCAUGUGCUUUACAAACUGUAGACUCUGAUGGGCUGAGGAAAAUCUCAGAAAAAGAAUUUGAAAAAGAGAAGUUAUACUAUGUCAAGUAUAGAGGACUUUCCCAUGUUCAUAAUCGUUGGAUCACUGAAAGCCAGAUUAUGAAGGAAGCCCCCAAACAGUUAUCUGCUUUUAAAAGAAAGAUUCAGCAAGGAACUGCCCUACAAUGGAAUGCACAAUGGACUGAGCCACAUCGUCUUCUCCGAAAGAGGGUUUUGUUGCCUUCCAAGCACUCAAUCAAUGGACACACUGAUUUGUUGAAAUGCAAAGUUGAAUGGCUUGUUAAGUGGAAGGGAUUAGAGUAUGAUCAGUGUACAUGGGAACUGGAAGAUUUAGAUGUUCUUUGUUCAACUUCAGCAAGUAAACUCAUGAAAGCAUAUGAAAAGAGAUCCAAAGAGGCACAACAGCGAGCUUCUUCCAAAAGGGAAAUCAAGGCAAAGAACAUGCAGGAUACUGUAUGUGCAAAGUUGAAAGAGAUACCCGAAUGGGUAAAAGGAGCAAAUAAGCCUUCUCACCAUAUGAAGUACAUAAAUAAACUUCACAAAUUUUGGCAAAGUCACAAGAAUGCUGUAAUUAUUGAUGAAGUCAAUCAGGAUCGAAUUUUAACAACAAUAAUGUUCCUAUUGUUAUUGAUCAAAGAAUUUGAAGUGGCACGGCCUAUUCUUGUUGUUCUACCAUCUACUACAAUAUCCAGUUGGGAAGAUGAAUUUCUGCGGUUCGACUCAUGUGUAAAUUUUGUAGUUUAUAAUGGAAAUCGAAAUUCAAGAGAAGUUAUUCGCAAGCAAGAGUUCUAUGAGGAAAGUGGAUGUGUGAUGGCUCAGAUAGUUCUCACAACCUGUGAUAUCGCAAUUGCAGAUCUUGAGCAUCUAAAACAUUUAGAGUGGGAAGCACUAAUAGUAGAUGAAUUCCAACGUAUUAAUUUACCUAAAUCAUUGUGUCAUUUGGAGCAAAUUCUUGUUGAUUUUCGAUUGGUGCUUUUCAGUGAGGCACUGAAGGAGAAUUCCUCUGAAAUGUCCUAUCUUUUGUCCUUCCUAAAGAUGGAGAAAAAAGGUCAAAUUAUGGAUACGCUUAGGCAAGGUGAAGAUCAAGAGGUGAAAGGAGGGGUGACUAAAGUGAAAAAGAGUCUGGAGAAGUAUAUAAUAUAUGAACAUAGAUCAGAUAAUCUCUCAGGUGUUAAAUUGAUGGAGCAUUGGGUUCCUAUAGAGUUGACCAAUUUCCAAAUGGAGCAGUAUUGUAACACACUCAUUAGGAGUUCUGAUUUGUUAUGUUUGCUGUCAAGAAAAAAUGAUUCUGUUGAGCGCCUUAGGGAUCUCCUUCUAUCGUUAAAGAAGUGUUGCAAUCACCCUUAUCUUGUUGACCCAUCAUUGGAGAUCUCACUUACAAAAAAAUUUCCUGAGAGGGAAUGCUAUGAUGUUGGUAUAAAUGCAAGUGGAAAGCUACAACUAUUAGACAAUGUACUUUCAAAGAUCAAAUUGAAAGGUCAAAGAUUGUUGAUUUUGUUUCAGACACCUGGUCGAUCUGGUUGUGCUUCUAUUGGGGAUAUUUUGGACGACCAUUUAAGAAAUCGAUUAGGUGCUGGAUCCUAUGAACGUGUUGAUGGUGGCUUAGCACCUGCAAAAAAACAGGCAGCUUUGCAGAGGUUUAAUUGUAAAAAUUCAGGGAGGCUUGUGUUUUUACUUGAAAAACGUGCUUGUGGGCCAAAUAUAAAGCUCUCCUCAAUUGACGUUGUUAUAAUAUUUGACAGUGAUUGGAUCCCACUGAAUGAUUUGCGGGCUUUACAGAGAACACACAUUGAUACAAAAGUUGAACACCUUAAAGUUUUCCGAUUUUAUUCCCCUUACACAGUGGAGGAGAGAUCUCUAAUUGCUGCCAAACUAGACAUUGAAUUUGACACCAAUUUGGAGAACUUUAAUGCUACCAUUUGCCAACAGAUGCUUAGAUGGGGUGUGACAAACUUGUUUGAAAACUAUGACAAGUUUCAUGGCUCAGGUGGUCCUUUGUUAGGGUCACAAUGCCUAUAUAGUUAUGCAAAUCUACAGAUGUUGGUUGAUGAAAUGUCAGGUAAUACAUUGGGUAGUCCUAGUCUUGAUGAUACUCUUUGGGUUUCUCUUGUUCCUAAGGUAUCGAGAACACAUGGAUAUGGAAAAGGCAUUAAUUUGUUUGGAGAGUCUGAAGAUCAAUUGGAAGCGGAGAGGAAGAUUCCAUCCAAUGUUUUCUGGACAGAUAUAUUGAAUACAAGGCAGGUAGAUCCAGAGUAUUCUUCUAGGCGACAGCAGAGGUUAAAAAGGAAGGUCCAGUAUAGUGAGCAGUCAAAACCAGAGAUUGAAAUGGCUGAUGCAGAAUUGAAAACAAAGCGUAGAAGAGUGGGUGAUACUCUUGAUCCACUAACAAUAUCUUCAUGGAUAAAAGAUGCCAAAGAAGCAAUUUCAUUCAAAAAGGGAAGAGAUGAAAGAGCUAUUGACAGGUCUGUGGAAGGUCAAUUAUCUCAUGGAUCUACAGAAUGUGAAAACUCAAAUGUCAAGGAUAAAAAUAUAUUCACAAUGCUGCAACAUGAAGAACAUCCUAGCCUAUCUCCUGGUACCUUUGAUGUGUGUAAGGAACUUUCUGGGUCAGAUGUUGAAAUUGUCAGUAAAACAUCGUGUUCUCAAACAAUAUUUUUUGCUCAUGAUAACUCAUUGUGUGCUUCUAAACAAUCUUUGAAAAUUGAGGAGUCACCUUCACACCACAGGGUCCUAGACAGGCCAAGUACCUCAAGCAUUGAAGGUUCUGUUCAUCAAAAUAAUGAAAGUGGAGAUGACUCUGUGUUAGUUUCACCACAUCAAAAUAUUCAUUUGAGAACAAAGCAAGAGAUAUUACAACUGUGCAAUGCUCUGAAAUUCCCGGAUGAAGUUGUGAAGAUGGCAGAGGAGUUUCAUUCCCAUGUGAUGCACAGUUUUCAUUAUCCUAUUGAAAAGAUUGCCUUUGCACAAGCUGUGGAGAUAUCCUUGUGUCUGGCAGCAGCCAACUGCUUGAACCUUGCGGUGGACAUAGAAUCUUCACUUGAAUCUGCCAAAUCACAGUUCCACUUUGAAUGUUCGAGGCAAGAAGUUGAUUCAGUGUAUGAAAAACUUUGCCAGAAGUUUCCAACAUUGAAAAAAUCAAGAAUACCAUCCACAGUAGCACAGCCUUGCAAUAGAAAUGUUUUUCCAUCUAUAAAUUCAAUGAACCAGAAGAAUACAGAAGAGACAUGUUUGAAGGAUGGCAAAGCAUCAAAUGAUGACUGUCUCACACAAUUAAUCCAGUCCAGAGCAGCUCAUCCAGUAGUUAGUUUGUACAAUUCAACUGGAUUAGAUGGUCAUCAAAUUGAAAGAGUGGAGGGAAAUUGUACUUUGGACACGACCAGCCAACAUGAUUAUCUGGGGCAACCAAGCAUUAGAAAUCCAGUUCGGGAAGAGAGGAUCUUCCAUCCGGAGAGACAGAGACUUAUUUCCAUCACAAGGAAAUGUGUUGAUGUGCCUAAUCAGAAUGGUAUUGCAGAUUCUGACCCCGAACCUCAACAUAUUAUGGAAUCCGAGCAUCAGAAUGAUUUGGCUGUUAAAAAUACCAGUUUGAUGGCAGAUAGAAUGUGUGCAGGAAAACAGAAAAGUAUAAAUGCCUGUGUUCUGAAACAGCUAUCAGGGCAGACAGAGUUCAGUGAAGGCUCUGGCAGGAAUAAAGAGAAACAUAAGACAAUGGAUAGUUCCAGAAUUGACUUUAUUUCUAAUACAGAAAAGAGUGUGAAGCUCAUAGAGAAAGAAAGAAAUAGUGCACAAAUAUAUGACAAACUCAAUCAACAUUUUUCAAGUGAAUCUGAACAUCUCAGGGUCAGGCAAACUUCUAUUAGCGAGGAAGAAAAUAGAAGAUACAAUUCCAUUGUAAAGGACACAACUGCUAAGACAACAUUGUCACAGUCCAGUUCUCGAGUAAAUUUGGAAUUACCAACUGCUGAUAAAAUCUCCUCACAACCCUGUUCAAGAGUAAAGUUUGAAUUGACAACUGCUGAUAUGGUGCCACAACUUAGUUCUGGAGUAAAUUUGGAGUUAGCUACAGAUAUUUCACAUGCAUUGUCAGGGGAGCUUCCACAAAAUAGAAUGGAUGGUCCAUGUCAAAUCUCUUCAGAAUUGCAUAUAGGUCACUCCUCACAAGGUGGUGAAGCUAGUUUUCUGAAAGAAUGGCAGCCUAAGCAUUCAAGUGCCAGCCAGCAGCGUCUGCCAAUUACUUCAAUAGAAUUUAGGGAACAAAGUCAGCAAUCUCCUGACUUUUCAAGCUUUACUAAUAAUUUGCAUUCAACCCAGGAUCCACAAUGCAAUUACACGAACAUAUCAGAGACACAAAACCAGUCACAUCAUACUUCAGGUGUUGGUCAGGUAGCCAUGCCUAUGACACCAUCUGAACCAAUUCAGAGUACCAUAAUGGAAGUCGGGUCAACUGUUGCAGUUGCAACUGAACCAUCUACAGUGAGUUUAACAUCGAACUUCUCAUCCUCUGCUCCAUUUCCUUACCAUUCUAGUCAGAUUGGGGCAUCGGCAUCCUCGAGAUUACUACAGCCAAACCUCCCUGAUCCUCUUUUACAUGAGAUAGGCAGGCUGAAGAAAGAGAAUGAAAGGAUUAAAACGCUGCAUGAAGAAGAGUCAUCACAGAUCAAAGCCCAGUUUCAGCAGGAGUUUGAAGAUCUCAAAAACAAGUAUGAUACAUUACUUGAGGAAAAGCAGUUUUCAUUUGAGCAAAAGAAAAAGAACCUUGAUGAAAUACUUGUGAAAGUCAGCUUGAACCAACGACUUGGUGAGAUGAUAAGAGGAAACACGAGACGGGAGAACAAUUCCUUGGUAUCAGUCAUUCCCUUCACAGGAUCUGCAACGCAGCAGGAGCAAUCUCAUCAGCAUGCAACACAUGGUUCUGGUGAAAGGAUAUCUCAGCUGCCUAACUCAGCUAUUCACACAGAUGUGUCUGCAAACGUCCCAUAUUCAUUUACUGUAGCAAGGAGUGUGCAAGCUAGUAGAAGGCUUGCUUCAGAAGGUUUGACCGAUAGAAUGCUUGAAGGUCAAGUGGGUUCAAAUGCAAACUCUUCUUGUUUUGGUUCAACUGUUAGCACCAGUAUUCCUGUCUUCCAAACUCCUGCAGAUUCGAUUGUUCAUGUGCCAGCUUCCCCAACAAGUAUAGCUGGCAUAACAACAAAUAAUGGAAAUCAAGUACCAACCUCAAAUUUUUCUUUACUUUCCCCACAGAAUGUGACUGGAUUUCAACCUGGUUUUAAAUUGAAUUUAGAUGUCAACUCCAUUGUGGAGAAUGGGGACAUGCAUCUGGGAAUUACAGAAAAAAAUUCAAGUCACUCUAGAACAUGUAUUCCUGAAAGCAGCUCCGGUGACAUUAUGAGGAGGAAAUCUAUUCGUGCUUUAAAGAAUAUUAAAGGACAAAUAGAACAGCCACAACCAGAAACUUUAUCUACAUCGCAAACAAAUUAUAUCAGUAAUACUAGUGAAAUUGCUGGUGUCAUUUAUCUAUCUGAUGAUGAUUGAAUUGAGCAUAAAUCUUUUUUCUUAUCUAGCUAUGAUAAGCUGCUAAUUUAUUUAAAUCCUUGCAGUAAUGUCUAAUAAACAUCCAUCAUUAUUCUAUCCUCUUAGCAAAUUGGCAGAAGAUGUCUAUAUUACCUAUGCAAAUUUUGCACCACCUGUUUUAGUCAUAAAUAUGUCCUUAUCUGUCCUUAUC